AAACCACGUGGUUCACCUGUGAAACGCUUCCUGCGCAUUAGCAGCUGGCAUGGCUUCUCCUCGCUAGUGUUUACCCAUAAUAUAUUAAACACUUAGUGAUUUAAUUCAGUUGAACCAUGUCGGAACUAAAAGUCAACCCGCAGUUUGCGCAGAAAUAUGAGAAAUACCGACAGAGAGAAGAGCUGCAGAGACUGAAGGACCGAUACGGAGACCAGGAAGAUGAGUCCGAGUCUUCAGAGUCCAGCUCGGAUGACAGCGAAGUGGAGCUGGAUCCAAGUGUUGAGAGGGAUUUCUACAGGACUCUGUCACUGCUGAAGAAGAGAGACCCGAAGAUCUACGAGAAAGACGCUAAAUUCUACUCAGAAGAUGUGUCUAGUGACGAUGAGAAACCUUCGACCUCCAAGAAAGUGGUAAAGCCCAUGUACCUGAAGGACUACGAACGCAAAGUUAUUCUUGAAAGAGAAGGUAAAUACGAAGACGAUGACGACAGCGACGAUGAGGAAGCCGCCAUGAGACGAGAGAGAGCGGCGUCUCCGAGCUACAUGCAAGAGCAGAAAAAGCUCAAAGAAAGCUUCCGGAAGUUCAUCCAGGACAGUGACGACGAAGACGGUGAUGACAACGAGGGCGGCGAACCAUCAAAGCUGCUGACGAGGAGAAUAAAAACACAGGAAGAGAAGGAUAAAGAAGAGGCCGAUUACGUGGACUGGCUGAAAGGUCAGGCUGAGCUGGAGGGUCAGGAGGAGGUGAAGGACAUGAAAUAUUUAAGAGACUACUGGAACGACCCAGAGCUGGAUGAGAGGGAGCGUUUCCUGAGAGAUUACAUGCUAAACAAGGGCUACCUAGACGAGGACGACCACAGUGAACGGAUCCCGACCUACGAUGAAGUGGUUCAGGAUGACGUGGACGACUCUGAGGAGGAGGGGGAGGAUUUCUUGGAGCUUCAGGAGAACUUUGAGCGAAGCUAUAAUUUUCGCUUCGAGGAGCCCGACGGGCAGCAGAUCAAGACGUACCCCCGCACCAUCGCCACCUCCGUACGCUCCAAGGACGACCGCAGGAAACGCAAAAGGGAGGAAGUGAAAGAAAGAAAGGAGAAGGAGAAAGAGCAGAAGCGGGAGCAGCUGAAGCAGCUGAAGAACCUGAAGAGGAACGAGAUCAUGGAGAAGCUGAAGAGGCUCCAGGAGCUGACCGGAAACGAUCAGCUGGCUUUCAGUCAGGCUGACAUCGACGGAGACUUCGAUCCAAACCAACACGACCAGCUCAUGCAGAAAUUCUUUGGAGAUGAAUACUACGGAGACGCAGAAGAGGAGAAGCCUCAGUUUGAUGACGAGGAUGAUGAACUGGGGGAGCACUGGAACUGGGACACUUGGACCGGAGAAGGACAAGAAGAGGAUGAAGAGUACGACGGAGAGGAGUACGACGCUUCAGGGCCCCACUGCGAUGAUGAAAAUUUCAACAUGGAUGCCGACUUUGACCCCAGCCAGCCGUCUACCUCCAAGAAGAAGAAGAAAAAGGAGAGGAAGAAGAUGAAGAAGGAGGACAUGCCACAGAUGGGCAAAAAAAGAAAGAAGUCUCACUUUGCAGAGGUCAUCACCAAAGACAAACCCGUCUUUGAUCCUCAGGAGAAGAGCUUUGAGCAGUACCUGGACGAGUACUACAAGCUGGACUACGAGGACAUCAUCGACGACCUCCCGUGCAGGUUUCGCUACAGGCAGGUUCUGCCCAACGACUUCGGCCUCACCACAGAUGAGAUUUUAACCGCUAACGACAAGGAGCUGAACCACUGGUGCUCUCUGAAGAAGACCUGCAUGUUCAGGUCCGACAAGGAGGAGAUGAGCGACUUGAAGAACUACAAAAUCAAAGCCCAGAACGAAAAGAAGAAGAAAGAGAUUCUGAGCUCUGUGUAUUCUGAGGACGAUAAAGAAGCGGCGGACGCUAAGACCAAAGUGGGGAAGAAGCGACGAGAUCGUCUGAAGAACGCAGAGAAACAGGGCAGUGAAGAAGACGUUGGUGCAGCUUUGGUCGUGGACUUAGCUGAGGAGAAACUUGGUGCUGUUGAAGAGGAAGGAGAAGAGGAGGAGGAGAUUCUGGUUCCCAAGAAAAAGAAGAUGAAGCACGAAGAGGAGAUUACCGCAGAGGAGGAGGAGGCCACGGAUAAACCUGACGAAAACAGGACUGAGAAACCGAAAUGGUCCAAGAAGAAGCAUAAGCGUUCUGGUGGCCGCCUCCUAACCGGAACCACGGGGGUGAAAAUAGGCGGCCGGGAGUUCAGCAGACAAAGACUGAAGGCGUACGGUCUGAACCCCAAGAGACUGUACUUCAGACAGCUGGGCAGGCAGAAACGGAAAGCACAAGAGAAGAAAGAAAAGCAGAAAGCCAAAGAGUGAUGGUGACUGUCAGUGAGCCAACGUCAACCGGACGUUGUAACAACAAGAUCAGACAGUAAAUACCUGCUGUGAAAACCCCUUAAGACUUUAUACAGGAUCAAACCAGUUCAGCUUUUCUCCCACUGUUAAAUAACCUCAGUCUGAUUUAAGAGAAUAUUAAGAAUAAUUUAAACUUUGUAAAUUGAAUUUUUACCUGUAAUUUUCCUGCUACAUUUGAAUAAGAUAUAAAUUCAGGGCACAAUUUGAAUCCUAAGCAUCUUUGGUAAUAAUUAUGUGAGAAUUAAAUAUUUGAUGUUUUGACUCAAUCUGUGAACAUGCAGGUCGUUGUUUUUCCACUCAUGUGUAAACUAUAUGAAUUGGACCACUUUUCAAUGCAGGACUGUAUGAAAGACAAAGCUGUAGUGUGUACAGUACAUGUUAGCAGCUUUUGUUACAUAUACUGAAGGUAUUUCAUUCUAUAAAGAUUGGAUCUGUUUUGAUUUUAUUUAUAUUUUUCAGGUUUUUACAGUGUUCAACCCAUAGUUCAAAAAAGGUCCUUUUAAAUACCUACCAUUCAGUCAUUUAUAAAUGCUAAAUCCAGUUAGCAGUGUGAUUUAAGUGAUAUUUACAGGGACCAUUAUAAUAAAAACAUAUCACUAUGUUU